AUGGCCUUCCUGCAGCAGGUGCGCUCCCCGGGCCUCUCCUUCCUCCAGACGGUGCUGUCUCUCUUCCUGGGUGCGGUGGCCCUCAUGUCGUCCUACUGGUGCGUGGGUAAGCAGAAAGUGCCCAAGCCGCUCUGCUCGCCCACCAAGCAGAGCAACUGUAUCCCCGUUCCCGGCUCGUCCAACUCGUCCAAUAUCCAGUUCUCCUGGGAGACGGGCGACGACCGCUUCGUCUUCCCCACCUUCCACACGGGCCUGUUCUCGAGCUGUGAGCAGAAUAUCUACACGGAUGCCUGGGAGGAAAAGUGUCGUGGGUUUCAUACUUUGACUCCAGAAACUGAAAAAGCAAUGAUGUGGCUUUCACUAUCAAUGGAGAUUAUGUACGUGGGCCUACUAUUCAUCAGCUGUUUGCUGCUGUCUGUUCAGUUGUGUAUCAGGACCUGGUCCCCCUCGACACAGCGCUGGGGACAACUGUUCAAUUCCUUUGCUGCCGUCUUCACUGUCCUUGGAGGUCUGGUGGGAAUGGUGGCUCAUAUGAUGUUUAUGCAGGUAUUUCAGACCACGGCUUCCAUGGGGCCUGAAGACUUCAAACCUCACAGCUAUGGCUACUCCUGGGCCUUCUACAUUGCAUGGUUAGCCUUUACAGUCUGCAUGGUGGCAGGUAUCUCCACUCUCAAUAAUUACACCAAGAAGGUCCUGAUGGUUGGGCCCAGACGCAACUCCUGCCUCAAAACUUGCAGCUUUGACUUUGUGGGUCCCCCACCACCGUUUCCGGCCCCCUUCUAUACCCCUCCCAACCCAGCCAUCACCCUGGCUUGUCCCCAGUCCCCCCCGCAGAUCUCCCACCUAUCACCCUACUACGACCCCCCAUUGCCGCCCCCCUUACCACCACAGUCACCGCGGCUCACGCACUCGCUCUCCCUCCCGCUCCCCCACUCCGACUCCUUCCCUCCGCCGCCCUCCCAUCCCGCGCCGGCAUCCCCAUUCCACCGCCUGUCCCUCCCCUCCCCGACCAUCGCCGUACGCCUGCCCCAAAUGAGGAACUGCUCCCCCCAUCAUGAUCCGGAGGAGGACUGCAGCCCACUCUGA